AUGAGCGACUCGAAAAAGCUGAGCCAACCUGAGUGGACCUUGAGCCGGCUUCAAUGGGAUGAAGACAUGAAGCAAUGCAUAACGUCUACUAACCUAAUUAUUUCUUUUCAGGAAAAACAAGCAUUUCUUUCCUCAUCGCUCAAUCUCUCUUGUCUCUUGUUUUCCCUCUUUUUUUAUUCUUCCUUUGUUAUAUUUUGCACGUUUCCUACUGCAACCACCCACACAACUAGACCAGCCCAGCACGUUUCAAUCCGUUGCUGCGCCCUCACUGAGCCUGAUGUCAGACCACUCAAAAUGUCCAUAGAUGAUCAACCCCUCAAGACUUGGGGCCAUCUCCUCAACCCUAUUGACUACGACACUACACCCUUCAUUUUCACCUCUAAAGCCGUUAGAUUUGGCAACAGAUGGAAGGAGUACCAAGGAAUACAAAACUGGGAAGGUCUGCUCGAUCCACUAGACGAAAAUUUGCGAGGUGAAAUUCUUCGCUACGGUAGCUUUGUUGAAGCUGCAUAUAGGUCAUUUAACUUCGACUCCUCCUCCCCAGCAUACGGAGCCUGCCGCUAUCCCAAAAGCACAUUGCUAGACCGUUCGGGCCUACAUCAAACCGGUUAUCGUCUAACCAGACAUUUACGUGCCACGUCAGGAAUACAGUUGCCCAGUUGGGCUGAAAUGGCACCAAGUUGGGUGGCAACCAAGUCUAGCUGGAUUGGUUACGUGGCAGUCUGUCAAGACAAAGAAGAAAUUGCCAGGCUCGGCAGAAGAGAUGUGGUGAUUGCUUUGAGAGGCACUGCCACUGGCCUUGAAUGGCUUGAAAAUAUUCGCGCUACUCUCUCCCCUCUCCCCAACGCUCACUCCAAACCUAGACAUGAGGACUCCGAACCCAUGGUCGAAACCGGGUUUCUCAGCCUCUACACUUCAGGCACCGACGAGGUACCUAGUCUGCAAGAAAUGGUCCGUGAAGAGAUGGCACGGGUGCUCCAAGCUUACGGUGAUGAGCCUAUGAGUUUAACCAUCACAGGACACAGUCUUGGAGCGGCUCUGGCUACGCUCACCGCUUAUGACAUAAAAACCACCUUUAAACGUGCUCCAAUGGUGACCGUCAUGUCAUUCGGAGGUCCACGCGUCGGCAACCGGAGCUUCCGUUCUCAGCUCGAGAAACAAGGGACAAAAGUGUUGAGAAUAGUGAACUCUGAUGAUCUUAUAACCAAAGUACCUGGGUUCGUACUAGAGGAAGACGCUGAGGUGUCAAAAGAUAGAAACGUAUACGUGGCAGGUUUGCCAAACUGGGUACAUAAACGAGUCGAGGACACGCAGUGGGUGUAUGCAGAGGUGGGGAGAGAGCUCAGGCUCCGCAGCAGAAGCUGCCCCUUCCUUAAAAAUCUUAAUGUUGCCACGUGUCACGACCUCAAGACAUACCUCCAUUUAGUCAAUUAUUCAUGA